CGCGCGCGGCCUCAAUCCGCGUGGCGCGCUCGGAACCCCUGAUAUCUGAGGCCCGCAAGGAAGCCGGCUGGUUUAGGUUGGCCGCACCCAUACUUCGUCUCCCCUCAACCCUCUAGCCCAGCGCACUUCCGGUGCUCGCGCGGCUCAUCCGGGGUAGCCCGGAGCCCCUUCCCCGCCCUCAGCGUGCACGCGCGCUUCCCCGGUGAGGCGCGUUCACUUGAGGCGGAUUGGCCGCUGUGAUCCUUCCCGCCUCCCGUACCCUAAUUGGUGCCGGCUCGCCCAGUGCCCAAGAAAUGUCCCUUCGCAUUCCGCGUGCAACCCCGCGUGCGCGCGCACAGUAGGGCGCGCGUCCCGUAGCGCGUGCGUGCGUGGGCCUGUGCUGAACGCGCACGCCCUUCCCGCCUCGGGGAGGUGUCCGGAGAAAGCCCCCAGAGCCCCCCGACGGAGAAGCUGUGGGAUAGAGGGGUUCAGUUGGCUCUCCCGCGUGGGCGCCGGCCUGGCAUCCAUAUCUCCUACAUGCUUCCGGGAGAUGCCUCUCUACUCGGCAACUUUUUGUAGUUUUCGGUUUGUUUUGGAGACAGGAUCUCAUUGUAGGCUGGCCUGAAUCCACUUCUGUCUGCCUGCGUACUGGUGGGACUUAAAGGCCUGAGUCACCAGGCCCCGACGUUUUUCUUGAAACUUUUAGUUAAGGUUUUUGGAUAAGGAAUGGCCUUGAAUUCUUGAAUCUUCCACCCUAACCUCCCUAGUGUUUUGAGUCAGUCACCAGGCCUAGUAAGCUUUCCCUUUUUCUUUUUUAAGACUCAAUUCUGAAAAGUAGCUUGGCCUAUCUUCAAGCUCAGUACCAAUGGCAGUCCCCCUGCCUCAGCCAUCUGAGUGCUGAGAUGACAGACUGGAGUCUCCAGUUGCUGCCUUUUAGCAACUUACUCAGGAUCUUUGAGCGGGGUGUGGUGGUGCACACCUUUAAUCCUGGCACAGACAGGCAGUGCUGUGCAGAGAAACAUUGUCCCAGAAAGAAUCUUUGAAAACAGUAAAUCAGGCAGAGGGGUACACAACCCAGCCACCAUUCGUGAAAGGAUUCACUAGGCAGACAGACCUCUAAGAGUCACUUCAUGGCCGGCUUGCUGCUCCUCAUCGUCCCAGACAUAGCAGUCGGUACAAAGCGGGGAUCCGACGAGCUCUUCUCCACGUGUGUCAGCAACGGCCCCUUCAUCAUGAGCAGCUCGGCCUCAGCAGCCAACGGAAAUGAUAGCAAGAAGUUCAAAGGUGAUAACAGGAGCACAGGAGUUCCUUCCAGAGUCAUCCAUGUCCGAAAGCUACCUAGUGAUGUCACUGAGGGCGAGGUCAUCUCCCUGGGGCUGCCCUUUGGGAAAGUUACCAACCUCCUUAUGCUGAAGGGGAAGAACCAGGCCUUCAUUGAAAUGAGCACAGAGGAGGCUGCCAACACUAUGGUUAACUACUACACAUCGGUGGCGCCAGUGCUUCGUGGACAGCCCAUCUACAUCCAGUUCUCCAACCACAAGGAGCUCAAAACCGACAGCUCGCCCAACCAGGCACGUGCCCAGGCAGCCCUGCAGGCUGUGAACUCCGUACAGUCAGGAAACCUGGCCUUGGCAGCCUCUGCUGCUGCCGUGGAUGCAGGAAUGGCAAUGGCAGGCCAGAGCCCAGUGCUCAGGAUCAUUGUGGAGAACCUUUUCUACCCAGUGACACUGGACGUGCUGCACCAGAUCUUCUCGAAGUUUGGCACAGUCCUGAAGAUCAUCACGUUCACCAAGAACAACCAGUUCCAGGCGCUGCUGCAGUAUGCUGACCCUGUGAGCGCCCAGCAUGCCAAGCUGUCCCUGGAUGGCCAGAACAUCUACAAUGCCUGCUGCACGCUGCGCAUCGACUUCUCCAAGCUCACCAGUCUCAACGUCAAAUACAACAACGACAAGAGCCGAGACUACACACGCCCUGACCUGCCCUCUGGAGACAGCCAGCCAUCACUGGAUCAGACCAUGGCAGCAGCCUUUGGUGCGCCCGGCAUAAUGUCAGCCUCUCCGUAUGCAGGAGCCGGGUUCCCUCCCACCUUUGCCAUCCCUCAGGCCGCAGGCCUCUCUGUUCCUAAUGUCCAUGGAGCCCUGGCACCCCUGGCCAUACCCUCUGCUGCUGCUGCUGCUGCUGCAGCCGGCCGCAUUGCCAUCCCAGGGCUGGCAGGCGCCGGGAAUUCCGUCCUUUUGGUCAGCAACUUGAACCCUGAGAGAGUCACACCCCAAAGCCUCUUUAUUCUCUUCGGCGUCUACGGUGAUGUGCAGCGGGUGAAGAUCCUGUUCAACAAGAAGGAGAACGCACUUGUGCAGAUGGCAGACGGCAGCCAGGCCCAGCUGGCCAUGAGCCACCUGAACGGGCACAAGCUGCAUGGGAAGUCAGUGCGCAUCACCCUGUCAAAGCACCAGAGUGUGCAGCUGCCUCGUGAGGGACAGGAGGACCAGGGCCUGACCAAGGACUAUGGCAGCUCACCGCUGCACCGCUUCAAGAAACCUGGCUCCAAGAACUUUCAGAACAUCUUUCCUCCCUCAGCUACCCUGCACCUCUCCAACAUCCCGCCCUCUGUGUCAGAGGAUGACCUCAAGAGCCUCUUCUCCAGCAAUGGCGGUGUGGUCAAAGGCUUCAAGUUCUUCCAGAAGGACCGCAAGAUGGCACUGAUCCAGAUGGGCUCUGUGGAGGAGGCAGUGCAGGCACUAAUUGAGCUGCACAACCAUGACCUGGGCGAGAACCACCACCUGCGAGUGUCCUUUUCCAAGUCCACCAUCUAGGUGCCUGUGGGCCUGCGAAAGCUUCCGCCAUUCCAGAAAAGCCACUUUAAAAAGCAGCUGAAGUGACCUUACAGACCAGAGAUUUUAUUUUUUUAAAGAGAGAUCAGUUUACCUGUUUUUAAAAAAAUUAAAUCUAGCCCACUUUGCCGUGGCAGGAAAUGGCUUGGGCCACAGAGGCCCAGUCCCAGCAACCAUGCCUUGAGGGGCUUAGGCGUGAGGCCACAGCGGUGCCCCGAACACAGCCGCUUUCUGUGCCUUACAAAACCAGCGUGCCUCACGGCCGCACACCCACCCUCUAAGGCCACCAGUUGUCUCUAGACCUGCAGUGAGCCAGGCGGCCUAUACUUAGGCUCCCCAAUGCCGUGUAAGAGCUGGGGCCACUCCCCUACACCCUUAUAAUCAAGUGACAUGAUUCUCCCAUGUCCCUGGCCAGCCCAGAGGGCCCAGGCCGUCCUCAGCUGCCGAGCCUUGUGUGACCUUUGUAUUCUAUUCCGUGGGGUCACAGACACCUGUGCCUAGCAAUCUUUCCACUUGACCAAAUACCCGAGUCUUUUCCAUUUAUAUGCAAGAGAUAGAGUUUUUAAGUAACUUUUUAUAGCAGUGGUACAAUUGUAUGUGUGUACUCUAAGCUUCUCUGUCCCCUGCACUCCUUCCUUCCAGUGACCAACUUGCAGGUGGGCCCAGGCCAGGGCUGGAGAAGAAGCUCUGAGGCUUGUGGGUGUCCUACCUUCAAAUUUUGGACCAAAGUUUUGUUCUCUGCCCGCCUCUGACUAUGCCCAGUUGAGGGGCUGACCUCUAGGCCUUAAUGUCCUUCCUGGACGCCCACCUCCAUCCUAGCCUGUUUCUAUGGGAGGGGUUCCCUGCACCUCAGUUCUGUGAAAGUCAUGGAAGAGUGUAAAUAUUUAUGAUUUUAUACCUGUGGGGCUGAGGCGGUGCAGCAUUUUUUAUGGUGACAGAUGUAUAUUUUGGUAACGACUACAGGCUCAGUAUUGUCCUGGGGCCAGCCCUGGCCACAUCUACCCCAGCCCAGAUGGUGUAUUGGGGGGAGGGGGACUUUCCAUUAAAGCAGUUUUAUAACCUUUGCCUUCCCUGAGCCCUUCAUUCUGAGCUGUAGGCCAGGCUGGGCCUGGAGUCAAUAAACAACUGUGUCUUGCA